AGGGAGGUGUGGUCAGGACGUGGAGCCGAGACCCGCCUCUUCCGGGGAUCCGGCGGCAGCGUUGGUGCUGUGUUGCUGCCAUGGCAGGGGAGGUUCGGUGGAUCUACCGGGGGGAUCCCCAGGAGGGGCAGAGCGCUCCGAUAGUUCAGUUUACAAAUGGGAAACUGAAGAAUCCUGAAAAUAUGAAUUUCACUUUGUACAGAAGCAAAAACAUCAGUAAUCCCAGAAAGAAGAAUUAUACAAUUUUGAAUGCAGAAACAGAUCGGCUGUCUUACGUAGGAAAUAACUUUGGUGCAGGAGCCCUAAAAUGCAAUACUCUCUGCAGAUAUUUUGUUGGCGUGUUAGAUGAACCCUCUGGGCAAAUGGAAGUCUACAAUGCAGAAUUGUUCAACUUGCAUCCAUUACUUUCAGAUGAUGUAGCAGAUAAUGACCUGUCAGAAUAUUUGGCUAAAUCCUAUAGAGAGAAGGUGGAUCUCUGCAUUGAAGCCUUUGGCACCAACAAACAGAGAAAAGCUUUGAAUUCUCGGAGAAUGAAUGAAGUCAGAAAAGAGGUAUUAAAUAAAGCAGUGAUUAAAGCUGCAGAAGAUAUCAUAGAGACAAAAGGUGUUGCUGCAUUGGUUCAUGAUGCAGCAGAAGAUGAGAAAACUGAUGUCUCCUUGGUUCUUCCUGUGUGCCAUGAAGAUGCUGAAAAUCCAGAGGACGUCUACAAGUUUGAAGAUAUCAUUUCACCUGCUGAAUUUGAGGCACUUCAGGCUCCAUCUGCAGUUUUCACGAACAUAACCGCAGCUGACAUUCACAAGAUGACUGAAGAGAAAAGCUACUGUUCCUUUGUCUUGGAUGAACUUAAAUCCAUGCCUUUGAAUGAGAAGAGUUACGAUCACAAAGCACGUUGCCUCUGGUUUCUUGACUGUCUUGUCAAGCUGAACUCACAAAAGGUCGUUAAAAAGAAACAUGCCAUGGGCCCCACUUGUCCAGACAUCAUCAGCAACAAACUCGUGAAAACUUUCACAGCACUAUCUUAUGGCAAUGGCAGGUUACAAAAUGUAAUUUCAGCUUCAAUGAAAGUUAAGAUAACAGCAUACGUUAUAACCCUGGCUUUGCAUAUUAACAAUUUUCAAACAGAUCUGACAGUCUUGCAGCGAGAUCUGAAAUUACGUGAAAACAAAAUACUUGACAUCGCCAAGGCAUUGAGAUUGAAGAUCAGCAAAAGCAAAAACCUCUCUAGACUUGAAGAACACAAGUUAGGGACACUGUGCUUGCCUUUACCUGCGCACAAAAUGCCCGCACGCGGCAGGAAACGCAAACUAAAUUAAGAAUGCUUUUUUCCUCUAGAAAAAAGCUGGACAAACUUCUAGAUCAGUGGUUCUCAACCUUUCUAAUGCCGUGACCCCAUAAUACAGUUCCCCAUGUUGUGGUGACCCCCAACCACUUAUACAUCACUGGGAGCCAGGGGUGUGGCCAAAGAAAAGGGGAAAAAAUGGCGGACAGCCUUGUUUGGCAACCCCCGUAAAAUGGUCGUUCGACCCCAAAUGGGGUCCCGACCCACAGGUUGAGAACCACUGUUCUAGAUCAUGUGAACAGAUCUACCGCUUCAUUGUCCUGAACAGACUGGAGAGAUUUGUUCUUGUAGUUAUACAGGUUUGUUUCUGCUUUGAGGUAGUUUAGCAGAAAUCUGGCACUUUUAUUGAAGUCAUUUAGGAUAUCUGAACAUUUGGCAUCUUGGUUCAAAACAGCCAUGUAGGAAUCCUCCAUCCAUGUAAAAGAGUUAAAAUGUGAGCAUGACUGAAUAUUUAAAAUAUUUAAUAUUAAAAUUAAAUAUUUUAAUGUUUAAAAUGGUCCUUAUGUUUUUGGUAAUAUUAAACAUUUUUUAAAAAUUA